UGACGCCGAGCACUCACCGCAGCUGGUCACGCCUUUUACGACGGUGGCUGUCCCAGCCUAUCGCCUUCGCCCACCAAUUAUCGCUCUCGUCUACGAAUUAUUACGCGGUCGAUCCGGGAGGGCUUAUGUGUAGAAGAAAGGCGUGAAGGACAUUGUUCGUCGCAUCGACUCUCCUCCUUUGUUUUCACCUCCAAGUCAAUCCCCACGACGGACUGUGCGACGUCACCGACUACGACCCGCCCGCGAUGGUGCUCAAAAAGAAAGAAGUCUACACGGUCAUCACCCCGAUUCCCGGCUUCAUACCGCGCCAGCUAGCCAUCGACAUCCUCCACAGCCACGGCGAAGUGAUCACGCUGAAUCCCCUCGUGCUCGAAUACAACCAGAUCAAGGCGCCUCGCGAUGCCGCCGCCGACGAAUACUUCUCGACAUGGUACGAGAUCAUCGAGCGAAUCCAAUAUAUACCCGGCAUGGGAAGGCUGGGAUCGGGCAAGAUUAAGUUCAACGGCUGCUUCCACGACCUGCCAUGGGGUUUGCAGACACAUAUCUACGCGCCGAUGGGUGUGGAUCUGCGGAAUAAAUACCGCAUCGCGGGGAAUCAGCCAGGUAUCGAACCUCCGGAGGCCCAAGAGAUUGGGUUGGCAGCGCUAGGCGCACCGAAAGAUGGCCUGUACUUGAGGGAGGAUAUCGAGAUUCGGUGCAAUAUUACCAUGGUCGGCGUGGUCAAGGCGCAGAUGAAAUCGGCUAGCAAGGAGAUGAUAACACGGCUCAUCAAGAAGGCCGAAUUGCUCGACGCCGGCGUGCUGCAGGCGAUGGUCGAGGACGGGAAGAUGAAGACGUUUAACCCUAACGACAGGACAUACACAGGCGGCUUGGGCGCAGCGGCGAAGUCGCCCCCGCUCUCGCCCGUGAGCCUGUUCCAGCCGCCGACGUCGCCGUCGAUACCGUAUCAGGUACCGCGACCCUUGUCGCUGCAGCAGGGGCAGGGCAGCCGGCCGGGGACCGCGAGCUCGCAGAGCUACCCGGCACACUGGCAGGCACAGUUCCAGUCGGAUAACCCGGCAUACCAGCAGCCGCCGCAGGCGGAGCUGCCGAACACGCAGCCGGGGAUGCCGACGCACGGCCAGGGCGUCAUCAUGGAGUUGCCGGGUGACUUCUACCACCCGCAAGCGUCGCCGCGGCUGCAGCCGCCCCCGGCGUACCUGACGUCGUCGUCGUCGUCGUCGCCGCUGGCGCCGUCAGGGCCCUCGCCGCGCCACAGCUCCUCCGCCCUGUCGUCGAUCCGCUCGCACUCGCCCGACCCCAGCAAGCCCUGGACCGCCUGGUCGCAGAGCCAGCCGAGCCCCUCGCUCGCCAGCUCCCGCCCCACGUCCUACUCCUCCGACCCCGGCGCCGGUCGCGCGUCGCCCGCCCUCGACCACAAGGGCUUCUCCAACGAGCUACCCACCCACCCCGAAACCGCCGAGGAGUACGGCCACCAUCACCACGGCGGCCAGCGAGCCGACUCUCGCCCCGCCCGCGCGUACUCGUACAACCCCGCCGACUACGCCGCAGUCGGCCGCUAGAGGAGGCGAUCUAGCAUCCCGUCGUUUUAAGUCUUUUUUUUUCACCCCUUUUUUUCCUUUAACUCUUCGUUAGAGACGGAGCUGGAUGGAAGCGAGAGGGUAUAGGGCCGUAAGGGACUGAGUUAAAUGCGGUGAAUGGGCUAAUGAGAACGUAUGCGUUUGCGUUAGGCCGUUUGCUGUGCAGUAUACCGGGCGGGCACUGGCGGUUGGGAUCCCCGGGUUGGCCGCCGGGCGUGGUCUACAUGGAGUCACGGAGUGCGAGGGAGCUUAUCUGGCGGAACUUGUCGGCUUAUGGGUUGGGCUUAGGACCGCGGCUCGCCAGAUACGGGGCCUCUAUUUAGCAGCCCCUUAUACCAAUGGUUUUAUAUCCUGUAUACGUUUAUUGCCCUUUUCUAGUGGCUUUUCUUCAUCGGUUGUUGAUAUACAUGAUGUAACCUUGGUUUUUUCUCGUGUACUAUGUAGCUGGCAAGUCUCGUUCAUCCUCGGUAGUAUGUAUCUCUGAAUACCUACAUAAUACAGGUAAUCUAUCACGUCUCCCCACGUUGUGGUACUGCCACGAGGUCCGAGUAUAUUGUAGCUUUGGUUUCAUUUACCUACUUAGGUAUUUAUUUACCUCGCUGCUAAUAGG